GAGCUUCGUUUCCCAAUCACUGGCUCGCCUGAAAACCCCCAAAAUCACCGAUCAAAGCUGAAGAUGGGAAGCCUUGGCAAAGCCAUUUACACCGUUGGAUUCUGGAUUCGCGAGACCGGUCAGGCUCUCGAUCGCCUCGGUUGCCGCCUCCAAGGCAACUACUAUUUCCAAGAGCAACUUUCUAGGCAUCGGACUUUGAUGAACGUAUUUGACAAAUCUCCUCUGGUCGACAAGGAUGCAUUUGUAGCCCCUAGCGCAUCUGUCAUUGGUGAUGUUCAGGUGGGAAGGGGAUCAUCAAUUUGGUAUGGGUGUAUUUUAAGGGGGGACGUCAACAGCAUUAGUGUUGGAUGCGGAACUAAUAUACAAGACAACUCCCUUGUGCAUGUGGCAAAGUCUAAUCUAAGUGGGAAAGUGCUACCAACUAACAUUGGAAACAAUGUUACUGUCGGUCAUAGUGCUGUUUUGCAUGGCUGUACUGUUGAGGAUGAAGCAUUUGUUGGCAUGGGAGCAACUCUUCUUGAUGGUGUAGUUGUGGAGAAACAUGCUAUGGUUGCUGCUGGAGCCCUCGUGAGACAGAAUACAAGGAUCCCUGCUGGGGAGGUCUGGGGAGGUAAUCCAGCUAAGUUGCUGAGGAAGCUUACUGACGAAGAGAUAGCAUUUAUUUCCCAGUCAGCCACCAAUUAUACCAACCUUGCACAGGUACAUGCAGCUGAGAAUGCAAAGCCCUUCGAUGAAAUUGAAUUUGAGAAAGUUCUACGCAAGAAGUUUGCUCGUAGGGAUGAAGAGUAUGACUCAAUGCUAGGCGUUGUCCGUGAAACUCCCCCAGAACUAAUUCUUCCAGACAAUGUCCUACCAGAUAAAGAACAGAAGUCUUCUCUAAAAUGAUCUUUUUGUUUUCACAAGUUGCUUUCUAUUUGUUCCAAAAGCCUUGAGAUUUUGCAUCAAGGAAAAAUUGUUGUUAUGUUGAAGUACGUGCAGAGGGAUGAUUUUUUCUUUCUCAUUUCCGAAUAAUGCCGGACAAGGAUAGAAUCAUGGCUCCGUUUUAGCUAUAAAACUAUACUGUUUGUAUGGUUACUCAGAAACUCAGUUCAUGACAGCUGAAGAUGUAUUUUGAUGUCUAAUGUUCCUUG